AUGUCCUUUGAGUGCCAGCACUGCGGCAAGCGUUUAAGCCAAGCAGGACACCUAAGGACUCAUGAAAGACGCCACACUGGGGAAAAGCCUUUUGAAUGUAAAGAGUGUGGCAAGUGCUUUAGCGCAGCAGGAGACUUAAGUCGUCAUAAGAGAGUUCAUACUGGGGAAAAGCCUUUUGAAUGUAAACAGUGUGGCAAGUGCUUUAGCGCAGCAGGAAACUUAAGUCGUCAUAAGAGAGUUCAUAUGGGGGAAAAGCCUUUUCAAUGUAAACAGUGUGGCAAGUGCUUUAGCGAAGCAGGACGCCUAAGGAGCCAUGAAAGAGUUCACACUCGGGAGAAGCCUUUUGAAUGUAAACAGUGUGGCAAGUGCUUUAGUCAUUCAGGAAACCUAAGGAGUCAUGAAAAAGUUCACACUGGGGAAAAGCCUUUUGAAUGUAAACAGUGUGGCAAGUGCUUUAGCGAAGGAGGACACUUAAGUCGUCAUAAGAGAGUUCAUACUGGGGAAAAGCCUUUUGAAUGUAAACAUUGUGGCAAGUGUUUUAGACAAACAGAAGGCCUAAGGACUCAUGAAAAAGUUCACACUGGGGAAAAGCCUUUUGAAUGUAAACAGUGUGGCAAGUGCUUUAGCACAGCAGGACACCUAAGGAGUCACGGAAGAGUUCACACUGGGGAGAAGCCUUUUGAAUGUAAACAGUGUGGCAAGUGCUUUAGCGAAGCAGGAAACCUAAGGAGUCAUGAAAGAGUUCACACUGGAGAGAAGCCUUUUGAAUGUAAACAGUGUGGCAAGUGUUUCAGUCAUGCAGGAAACCUAAGGAGUCAUGAAAGAGUUCACACUGGGGAGAAGCCUUUGGAAUGUAAACAGUGUGGCAAGUGUUUUAGUCAAGCAGGAAACCUAAGGAGUCAUGAAAGAGUUCACACUGGGGAGAAGCGUUUUGAAUGUAAACAGUGUGGCAAGCGUUUUAGUCGUGCAAGAAACCUAAGGAGUCAUGAAAGAGUCCACACUGGGGAAAAGCCUUUUGAACGUAAACAGUGUGGCAGGUGCUUUAGCGCAGCAGGAUGCCUAAGGAGACAGGAAAGAGUUCACACUGGGGAAAAGCCUUACGAAUGUAAACAGUGUGGGAAGUGUUUUAGUGUAGCAGUAAACCUAAGGAGGCAUGAAAGAGUUCACACUGGGGAAAAGCCUUAUGAAUGUAAACAGUGUGGCAAGUGUUUUAGUCGAGCAGGAAACCUAAUGAGACAUAAAAGAGUUCACACCAGGGAAAAGCCUUAUGAAUGUAACCAAGCAGGAGUCCUAAGGGUUCAUAAACGAGUUCACACUAGUGAGAAACCUUACAGAUGUAAACAGUGUGGAAAGCGCUUUAGCCGAUCAUUGGACCUGAGGACACAUAAACGAGUUCAUACUGGUGAGAAACCUUACGAAUGUAAACACUGUGGCAAGUGUUUUAAUCAAGGAAUUAACCUGACGAAGCAUGAAAGAAUCCACACUCUAUUAAGGUCGCCUAAAUUCUCCCAGAAAAACGAAAUUCUGUGUAAACGUUUGGAAUNAGAAACCUUACAGAUGUAAACAGUGUGGAAAGCGCUUUAGCCGAUCAUUGGACCUGAGGACACAUAAACGAGUUCAUACUGGUGAGAAACCUUACGAAUGUAAACACUGUGGCAAGUGUUUUAAUCAAGGAAUUAACCUGACGAAGCAUGAAAGAAUCCACACUCUAUUAAGGUCGCCUAAAUUCUCCCAGAAAAACGAAAUUCUGUGUAAACGUUUGGAAUCAUAUAAGCUGAGGAGAACAGAGGGUAAAAACGUUGCUGUUAGGGCUACAGACUUUACAAACAACCUAGCAACACACAGAGAGACUGGAAACAGUGGUGUAGCAGACCCACAAUCAGUCAUCAUCAUUGAGCAACACAGCUGUUGGAUUUGUCAAGAGGAGAUGAGUAGUGAAGCUCUUCUUCUUCAACACUAUGAACAUCAUAUGACCUAUGUUUGUGAAGACGAUUCAUAA